GCUCAACCCAUUUUUCUUCUUUUUCUUUUCUUUUUUCAGUCCUUUUUCGGCUGAACCCUAAACUGAAAAACCUCAGUUGCCAUUUUCCUUUCCCUUGCAAGAAACACCCACAACCAUAUUCAAAGAAAUAUUGAAAGAAUCCAUGGCAGAAGUGGGUGAAGCUACUUUAUGUUGUGCUCAAUGUGGCAAGCCCGCUCAUCUUCAGUGUCCCAAGUGCGUGGAGUUAAAACUUCCUCGUGAAGGAGCUGCUUUCUGCACGCAGGAUUGUUUCAAGUCAUCUUGGAGCUCUCACAAGUCUGUCCACUUGAAGGCAAAAUUAUCUUCUCUGGGAGCUGAAACUUCAGGAACAGCCUCACCUAGCGAUGGUUGGCUAUAUUGCUUGAGGAAAGGACAGGCUCGAACACCCAAACUUCCGCAUUUUGACUGGGCUGGGUAUGUUUGAGAUGGUUCUUACUCU